GUUCCAACCACUCACCGCGUGCAUUGUUGUUUCCAUUUCGGUACCGCCGUCCGCGUUUUUCCAGAUAAAAAUUAAACAAAUAAAGACUACCUCAAUAGAAUGAAUAGGCAGCUUAUUUUGAUCCAGACGAAUGGGGAGGGGAAUAAGAUACCGUUAAUACGGGGCAGAGUACAAAUUACGCGAUUAUAAAAGACUACGCUUUAGUAAGUUUGUAACUAUUUUAACUCUAAAGGCGUCGAUUUUCGCUAUAUCGGUGUGUGAAUUCGCGAUCUACUUGUAAACUGUGCUUGUUAAGGGCAACAUGCCUGCUUGUGCAACUGAAAGUCUUACACGAAUGUGGCCAAGUAGUGAAAGUGUACACUCAGGGGGUGGCAGCAGCAGCAGUUCUGGUUUUCACAGCCCGAGCUCGCCGUACUCUUUUUCGCCCAUCUCUUCAUCGUUGGAGAGCCAAUUUUCGGGAAAAAGGACCGUGUCCAAUGGAAACGUUCAUCAGCCGUUCAUAAUACGAUCGGAUAAGAGAGACUCGAGGUGCCAAAGUCCCGUCGAAAGUAUCCAUGAAGAGGAACCGCCGUCACUUGUCGCAAGAGUGAUUGGUUGGUAUCCGUGUUUUUUAUUUCGCGUCGCCCAAGGGAUCGUAUUUGGCAUAUUUCCGAUGGCCUGGCGACAAAUACUGUUCGCAAUACCCUUGUGGGCUUUCAAUCUUUGGCUGUGGUUUAUUUGGGAAUGCAUUCAGCUUCCAUUAACGAUAUUUAAGGUGUCUAUGACGAUACUAAUAACCCCUCUAUCAGAGAGGACUCGCAAGAAAAGGACUGUACUAAUUAGUGGAGGUAGUACCAUACAAGCUUUGCAUUUAGCCAGAAAUUUCUAUUCGGCCGGUGCUAGAGUUGUAGUGUGCGAAGUUGAAGGACUCUUCGCGUUGGCUCGCUUUUCAACUGCUGUCAAUAAGUUUUAUACUAUUGCGAAGCCUAGAAGCGACUAUCAGCAAAAUUACGUGAGAGCCCUUUGCGAAAUCGUCGAAAAGGAGAAGGUCGCCUAUUAUAUUCCGGUCAGUUCGACUACUUCUGGGUAUUAUGAUGCUGUUGCUAAGCCUCAUUUGGAGUUGCUGGGUUGUACUUGCUUUUGCCCUGGCAUUAAGGAAGUCUGGGCGUUGGAUGAUACAUUGGAAGUGUUCAAAAAAUGCGAGAAAUUGGGAAUGCAAACUCCAGUUUAUCACGUUGCCACUUCUAAACAUGACGUGUUGAGGUUGUACGAGUCGGGGGAAAUUCGGACGGGAAGAUACGUGAUGACCACAGCCGGUCCCAACGGAUUGAGAGAUCGCACGAAAAUGGUUUUACCCCCUACCAGAACCGAUUUGAAACUUCCUGUUGACAUCAGCGAUCAUCGUCCGUGGUUAAUCGUGCAAGAUGUCGACGGAGAUCAUUACUUAACCUGCACCACGAUCAAAGACUCCAAGGUGAUUGCCAACGUUACGUGUCUUCUCGAUCAAGACAGUAAAGGUUUGGUACCGGUGGAGAAUAAAGACAUCAAUUUGUGGUUAAACAAUUUCUUUAGCAAACUGAAUCUUUUGAGGCCGGUUACGGGACAUAUCAGUUUCCGUUUUGUUGUUCGUAAGAAUGCGAUUAUGCCGCUCAGUAGUAGAGUCGGAAUUUCCUUACCGUACAUCUGCUACACAAGUGUACAUCCGAGACUCCUCUGGAAACCUUGUAAACAUUUUAAUCGUCAAAACUCUGGACCACUCGUGGUGGAAAAUGGCCGCUAUUGGAUGCCGGAAACUGUCGCGAACACCAUAAAAAAUCCGAGUGUCGAAAAAGUGACAAGAUUAAUUGGUACAGUGUUGGACAAGCGAGAGGUUUUAUUCACGGUGUGGGACCCUUUGCCAUACUGCGCUUAUUACCAUAUGCAGCUUCCAUUCAAAAACAUAUUAGGAUUUGUGCAGAGGCAACAGGAUAAGUUUCCUCAGCCUGUAGCGGCCCCCGUACAUUAAGGUUCAUCUCACGAGGAGAGAGAAACAUAGCCUGAAAGUCCAUUCACUCAUUUUUCAUCGUAGCUUAAUAAUGUAAGAAAUUAUUUAUAUUUUGUGUGAGUCAAUGAUCGAUUCUGUUUUUAUGUAUUUUUCAACAUUUAUUAUCUGAAAGGUAUCUUUGUACAAAUAGCUUUUAAGUAUAGAUACCAAAAAUGUUUUUUAUUUAUGUUGCUUAGAUUAGAUAAUCAUAUAUACAACACUAUUUUUGCUAUAAGAAAAAUAGUUUUUUUCUUAAUACCCUUUAAAACCAUUGUAUCAAUGAGAGAAAAUAAAUAUUAUUUUUCUGCA